AUGGACAAGGCAGACGAUCAGGCUCAUCCAUACAGAAAUCAAUCUAUAAGAAAGGACAAGGCAGAUCCGGAAUCAGAGCGUCAAGCUCUAAUGGAUGAAAUAGAUCAAAAGCUGGAGCAUUAUGGCAUAGACAAGCUGCUUGUCAGAGAACAGGAAUCGCUGCUGAUGGAAAAGCCGACAAAGCGCAACUAUCGUAGCCUGAUAAACUACAUCUGGAACGAGAAACCCAUUGUGCGAUCGGAAAUGACGUUCCUCAACCCAGCGGAUGAUUUCGUGAUCUUGAGUAAAGAACAAGAUUCGCCAUUCCACGUGAGGAUUGAGAAAAUGCUUCAGAAGAGUGGCAAGGAUUGGCCCAAGCGCCUGUUCAGCACACCAGAACAACGCCAGAAAACGCAAGACUCCGCUAUUGAUUUAUAUUCCAAGACACGGAUCAACUACCUGGUCCAGGCAAUCGUUACUCUUGUUAUUAUUAUCUUGCUCAUGACCCCGAUUUGCUUGCUCUUCUAUCUUGACUCCAACCGUGAGGUGAAGAUCGUAGUAGUCCUUCUAUUCGUGUCGCUCUUCCCAGCGACAAUAACAAUCCUCGCCCGGCCAAAGAACCAUGAAGUCUUUGCGGCGACUGCUGCGUAA